AUGGAGCAGCUCGAGCAUCGCAACGCCAGCACCUUCGUGUCCACGGCCAGGCUCGGGCUGGCGCCGGAGUCUUCUUGCGACUUCAGCGGCCUGACCACCUCGGCCCUGCAGACCAAGUCGCUGAUCCAGUGCCACGAUGCGGACGGCCGCUACAUACUCGACAGCGUCGGCGAGUGGGCCGAGCACGUCGGCUACCUGGUCAACCAGUCCGCCUACGUGGGCGCGGCCUGGGCUUUCGCGGGCGGAAUUUGCCAGAGCUACGACGUCCGCGCGCCUCCGAACCAGGUGUUCAGGGGCUACGCGCCGGGCACGAAGACGGCUACGCCGAUGCUGUUCGUGCGUAACACGCCGGACCCCGUCACGCCGGCCGCGGAAAAGAUGCGGCGGUUCUUCGACGACAGCGCUAUGCUAACGCUGGACGCUGUCGGUCACCCGUCCAUCCUAUUCAAAAGCCAGUGCAUGAGCAACAGGGUCCGGAUGUUGUUGCACGCACAUCCCUAA